UCUGAUUCUCAACCUACCACUCGCGUCACCAUGGAAGCGGUCCGUUGUGUCAUGUUGUAUUCGCCAUUUUGAUGCUUCAUGGCGUGGGCUACGGCGAUGAAUGUCUCUACUACAGCGCAGCUAGCUAGAUUAGCUACAAACAUUCAACAUAGAAUCUCAUACAGUUAUAAGGGGAUUUCUAUGAGUAUUAUUAAUCGGACAUUUAACCGAGGAGGUCAUGAAGAUUUGGAAAACGUUUUCGUACCCCGGACGUCAAAUUUGAACGACUAAUGGGAAUGCGAAGUCCGAAUUAGUCUGUUUUCUAACUUCGCCAGUUAACGUUAAGUAGUUACCCAAGCUAGCCACCACCAGGUUGCUGCUCAACCGCAAGCCUUGAAGACGUAGCCAAAAGCUAUCUAUGAUAAUGAAUUAUAUGGAAAACAUCAAUCAGAAGAGGUACUGGCAGCGACGUCGCCCUGACACUCCAUUUCUGAACAAGGAAUGAUGUUAGAAGCAACGGAAACAUCUAGUGGGCUACCUAGUUACCAAUGCAGUUAGCUGAAAUAGAACAGGGGCUUUAAAAUAUAACAUUCCAACUCAACGUUGCUUUCACUGUUCACGUUCCAGUUGUCUCGUAGAACAAAACAAAGAACAUUUAUUCAUAAGAAGCUGCAAAUAUGAAGUAUUUUAAUGUAAUGCAUUGAUUAUGCUUGGACAGCUGCCUACAGGUGUAAAACUUAUUGUUGAACUGACUAUUACCAUAUAAAGACAUAUCUGAGUGCAAUUGUACUGGACGGCAACCACAGUAUUGCCACUGUGAAAUACAGCAUCGAAGAGGCUAAAUCUACCCACCAAGAUGACGAUUCAAAGUAAAGAACAAUAUUGCUGUCCUCACAGAAAUGUGAAUGCUUCAUUAGAUUUUCCCCUUUGACCACAUCCAAAGGACCAUCAAUGAUGAUUUUUGGAUUGAUACCCCAAGAGUUACACGAAAAGCUCCUAGACCUCAAAAACUACCAAAAUCGAACAAAUGGUGUGGAACAGCUGAAAAAUAUCCUCUUUGGAUUGGACUUGAAGCCAGUCCCCUCAGACAGUAUUGUGGAGUUUAUCAAUUUUCUCCGCAGACUUCUAGAUGACAGCAACUUCAAAGUCUUGUAUGGCACUUUACAGGUGAUAAACCUACUCAUCCAGAAAUUGGAUUACAAUGUAGACAAAUAUUUCAAACAAUUAGUGUGUGUGGCUCUGAAAACCCUUGGGGACACCCGCGCUGUCACCAGGAAUGAGUAUAUGAAUGUGUUCAGGCAAUUGACUAGAAUUGUAGGGCCACAGAAAGUGUUGGACCUUGUCAUUGGACACCUGAGACACAAGAACUCCCGGGUCAGAGAGGAUGUCAUCAACAUCAUCACAGCAGCUAUGCUCACCCACCCCAGGAAGGACUUCAACAUCCCCAGCCUCUGCUUUGAAGUUGCACCAUACCUGGCAGACAGCAAGAAGAAGGUCCGCCAUGCAGCCCUAGAACUAUUUGCCGUUUUUGACCAUUGCCUUGACACAGGGAAAAAACAGCCCCUUAUGAAGGCUGUAGACAGAGUUGAGCUCAAUGGGGAUGUGGAGGGUCUUAUGGCAGCUGUGCAAGCAAGAAGAGCCAGGCACAUACUUCCCAGACUGUCCUCAGAUGGAAUGGUGGAGUACGCCCUUGUAAUCCCUAAACCAGGACAACGAUGCUCACCGCAGUUUGGGUCGGGAGCUGACCUGGAGUGGGUGCUCAAUGGUGGGCGGAUCAGGAGCAUCAGGACAGAACCAGACUCUGACAGGCUGUAUCAUGGUUAUGGAAGCUUGGGCUCCCUCGUUGAUGACCUUCCAUUGCAGAGGAGAAUAUUCAGUGCAGGCAAAGGGAAGAACAAGCUGCCCUGGGAGAGGUCAAGCCUCCCUUCCACAGUGAACACCCAGCCACGCAGUGCCCCUAAGGGGAAAUCCUCUGAUCAGGUCAUCAGUGAAGACUGCCUGUCCCAUUCCCGGAAGCUGAGUCCAGAGACAUAUGUCCCCAGUUUCGGUUCUGCAGAGCCCCAUAAAACCCUGUCCUCUAGGAGGGAAUCCCCGGGACGCUUGAGAAGGAGUGGGAGCCUUGACUUAGACCCUGACAUCUUUAAAUCUACCAACUUCUUUGACCCAGAGGGAGUGGUACACAAGGCCCGUCUCCUCUCUGGGACCUCUGGCUUUGAGCGCACCUUAUCCAACCCCUCGGCCCAGGGCACCUUUCUACUGCCCUCCUACCCUCUGGCUACACUCCCCGGGAGCCUGCUGACCCCAACACUGUCCCACCGCCGCACUGACUCCUCACUGUCAAUGUCCAACACUUGGCCCAACAAGAGAGAGAGCAGCCCCCAAAGACGAGACCCCAGCCCCUGGAAAGACAUAUCAAGUGACUUCUCAUCCAGCAGGUGUUCUCCACGGCCUCACCGUGCUUCUCUGGUGAGCUCCUCAUCUGCCUCGUCUUUCCGACAGGCUCUGAGCAGGACGCGGACCGGGGUGCCUAUCUCCCCAUCCCCAGGCCUUCUCCUGCCAGAGCGGGGCUUGUCUCAGAAUGGCCAGUGGUCUAGUCCUCUAGCUCCAUCUCCAUCCAGCCUGCAGGACCACCUGUCUGAGAGGGACCUUCACCUAGACCUGGAUCACCUCAGCCUGCAGGACCAAGACCAGGAAGAGGACCCCUUGGAACGGCAGGAGAUGUUGAACUCCCUGCGCUCUCUGCGCUGCAGCGCAGCUAAGAAGAAGGCCAAGGUGAGUCUGAGUGGCUCAGACCCUGACCCAGAUAGCCCAGACUCAGCCAUGAAACUGGAGCUGGCUCUGGACUCCCCCUCUCACAACUCCCCCAUCGUCACCAGCCCAGCCAGCGAGAGCGGCCUCUCCAGCCUCUACUCACCCCCAAACACCACCCUCAAUGGCACCAAAACCAGCCCUGGGAAUUCUGCCUCCUCUUCAACAAAGCCUCACAUUGCUAGAGUGCCUUCUGCUAAGCUGAGAUCUUCCGUCUCCAUGGACUUCAGUGCCCUUCAAGGCUUUCCACUCAGAGAUAAAAUCAUACCUGAAGUGAGUGUGGUUGGUCAAAGAGUCACCUACUCGAACGAACCAAUGGAACCUGAGGAAGAGGACAGGACUACAGAAUACUCUCCACCCCCAAGUAGACUAGCCUGCCGCGAGCCAGUCAGAGCCCUGAGGCCUGCCAAAGGUUCCCAGAGCUACAGCAACAGGAACUCACCAGCCACUGGCAUGCCUGAAGGUGUGGUUGGUAGAGGAGUGUUUGGCUCAGUGGUUCUGUCCAGCCGUCCAGGCGUUGCCAUGUCGAUGGAGCAGGGCGACUGUAUGACCAGGCUGCCCAGUGACCCCCCAGCUGGCAUCUAUGGCCACGCAGUCCCCGGCAACCAUCUGGACUCCGACGACAUCCCAGCCGCAGAGGUGGCCAGGGAUAAGGAGAAGGUGAGAAUGACAAGGUUUGCUCGGGACAAGAUGCGGCAGCACCGAUUGGAGCAGCAGGAGGGCCAGCCUGCCCUGGGGGAUCGCCAGAGAGCUGACAGGAUGCGUCUGCGCCUCAGACAGGUGCAAAAUGACGUGGCUACAGAGGAUACAGCAGCCAUUUCCAACGACUUUCAUUUGAAUGGUAGCAUGGUGACGUCCACCAAGGCUGACUCUCUCCAAGACGAGUCUCCCACCAGCCCCCAGGGAUCCCAGAGCCCCAUUAAAUGUUUCAGUCCCCCCCACCAGCCCAGCCCCCCCACGGUCCCUCCCAACCCCAGGAGCACCCUGCCCCGCCUGAGGAGGGCUCCCAGUCUCAGCAGGACACGGCUGUCUCUCUCACACAGCUCAGAUGAGAUGUCCCCAGGCAUUCCCAGCCAGAAGAGAGACCUGACAGAGCAGCCUGAACUACGGCCCUUCUCCAAACCUGAGCUAGCACUGACACAGAGCUUCAAACUCCUCAACUCAGACGACUGGGAGAAGAAGAUUGAGGGCCUGACCGUUCUCCGUGGUCUGACGCAGUACCAUUCGGACAUACUGCUGAACAGGCUGCAUGACGUCUGUCUCGCACUCAUCCAAGAGGUGAGGAACCUUCGUUCGGGUGUGUCCCGUGUUGCGGUUGGGGCAAUGGGUGAGCUGUACACUGCGCUGCAGAAGGGCAUGGACCAGGAGCUGGAGGGCACGGCCAAGGCUCUGCUGCAGAAAGCUGGGGAAUCCAACGCCUUCAUCAGACAGGAUGUGGAUGCAGCGUUGGACAGCAUGGUGCGACACUGCACCCCGACACGCAGCCUGAACGCUCUGCUCACCGGCGGCCUCAGUCACCUGAACGCUGUGGUGAGGAAGUGCGCGGGUCAUCACAUGGCCAACCUGAUGGAGAACAUUGGUGCUGCCCGCCUGCUGUCUGGAGGGAAAGACCUCACCGACCGAAUCCUACCUGCUGUCACCAAGCUGGCACAAGACUCCUCCCAGGAAGCUAGGUACCAGGGGCGCCGGAUGCUGUUAUUUCUGUCACUGCACCGUGAUUUCGAUAAGAUGUUGGAGAAAUAUAUCCCUGCCAAAGACCUGGCUCCCAUCAGAGACACUGUCUUCACACUGAAGACUAAGGGCCUGGGAGAGAUGCCCCAGGACACCCCGUCAGCCAGGGGCCGGCGUUCCCACCCUGGCAGUGGGACAGUGAGGGCCUCGUCUCUCAACAGGGAACCACACAAAGUGGUAAACAGGGAGUCUGGGCAGUACAACGGAAGACCUCAAGCUCACAGCAUUGCAGACAAGAUCGAGUACAUCAAGCAGCUCACAGCCCUGCUGGGUUCAAAGGACUUUAGAGAGCGCAUCAAGGGCAUCGACCAGCUAAUGGUGGACUGCGAGCACAACCCCAACAUGGUCAUCUGCAGUAUCUUUCCGGUGUUUGAUGCCUUUAAGGCCAGACUGCAAGAGUCCAACAGUAAGGUCAACCUGUACGCUCUAGAGUCUCUGCAGAAGAUUGUCACUGUGAUGAAGGAUAACCUUGCCCAGGUAAUCUACAUCCUGGUCCCAGCCAUCGUGGACAAUCACCUCAACUCCAAGAACAACGCUAUCUACACUGCUGCUAUUGGAGCCAUCCACACACUCAUCCAAAACCUGGAUAACGCUCUCCUCCUCCAGCCCUUCUGCACCAAGGCCCAGUUCCUGAGUGGUAAGGCUAAGGUGGAUCUCAUAGAGAAGGUUGCAGAUCUGGUGACAGGAUUAUAUCCCCGUAAGCCCCAGGUGGUGGAACAGAAGGCGUUACCCCUGCUGUGGCACCUCCUGGGCACAUCCAGCCACAGCGGCACUGUCCACGGCCGGGGUGGCAGCGUGCGGGGGGCCACCUCCAACCUGUGCCAAGCCCUCUACACCCACAUGGGGCCUGGGCUGGCAGAGUUCGCCGCUUCCCAGCCUGCCAACGUCCACAAGAGCCUCAAUGAGCUCAUGAGGACCCUCUCCUACCCCUGAGGGCCCCUCAGAAAACACAACCUUCAAAACACAAUCAAACCCCCCCCAGACAGAAGAACAGAAACACCGACCUUCCUUAAAGACAGAGAUGUUCUACAUUUCUGAGAGUGCCUGCACUUUUUUAACGUUACAGAGUAUAGAAAGUCCUUAAGAUGAGAGCCCUUAAAUCAACCCUCUUCUCAGCGAGCUAUGGUGUCCUUUAAUAAAGGAGCACAGACAGACAGACAGACAGACAGACAGACAGACAGACAGACAGACAGACAGACAGACAGGCAGGCAGGCAGGCAGGCAGGCAGGCAGGCAGGCAGGCAGGCAGGCAGACAGACAGACAGACAGACAGACAGACAGACAGACAGACAGACAGACAGACAGACGGAGACUUCAGCUGUUGGCAUCAGGUCUUACACUCUCAACAACCUGCUCUCUUUGCACUUUGAAGAAGUCGCUCACUAUCAUGAUAGUUGUCGUCAUGAGUAUGGCUUGGUAUGUAUCGUCAUAUGAUUGUUGCUGUAGUUUUUUAUGAAUCUUAUUGUACGCAAAUCAGAGACAACGUUAUGAAGAAUAUAGAUUUGAAAUGCACAAAAAGGAAACGGGACCUGAAAGAUGUAUAUUUUAGGUGAUUCAUUUGAUGUGAAAUUUCUAAGAUGUCUUAUACAGUUGUUUUAAAGAUUUGUCAGAGUAAAGAUUAAUGAUUACAAAUUAUUUGUAUAGCUCAAAUGUGUGAUUGCACAGUAUUAGCCUAAUCUGUAUGCUGUACGAUGUUGCCGUAUAUAAUGUAUCUAUUGUAUAUGGUUUGUAAAUCUUAUUGUAACAAUUUGUUGAUGAAGUGGUGUUCUGGCAUGUCUUAGCAUUUUACUUUUUGCAUGACCAAAAUGUACUGAUGUGAUCAAAAAAUAUAUUUAUAUUUUUGUUAAGGAGAUAUAUAUAUAUAUGUGUGUGUACACUGAUGCCUAACUCAACUUUGGGUGUAAACCAAUUAUACUGGCUGAGUGUAACAUUGAAAGCAUUUAUCUUUAAACUAACGACUGAUAUAGAGACGGUGAAGCCCAGGUCUGUGAUUCUGUUUCAGUAUAGUGCCAGUCUUAACGUAGCCUUUCACUAUUCUAUGUUUAAAUUAUAUUGAACUUCUUUGUUAACAAGAUGAAAGACCGACUGAUAUUUAAAGUGUUUAUUUCUAUAAACCAUAUGCUUUGUUUUUUAAUUUAUUUACUUUAUUCCUUCACAUCUUUAUUGUAAAGAAACUUUCCUAUAGUAUCAUUGUAAUGCCUCAGCUCAGUGUGGUUGGCCUUGUGUCGCCCAAAGGGGGAAAAGAGGAUAUGUGUGUUCCUGGUCUUUAACAGUCUUGAGGAAGAGGGGGCUGUAAGGUAAGGAUCUAUUUCCAAUUAGUGGGAUUAGACAUGCAAGAUUGAGCAUCUGAGUCGGUUAUUAAAACAAGACCACUGUCACUGAUUUA